CUGCUACGCCUCAACGAAGAAGAGGAAGUUAAACUGCUGGUUGUCUGAAGGAAUUUUAGGAACUACACUAGACCACGCACAGAACAGUUCGGGGAAACUCGGAAGGAUUUUAACUUGGAGUCUUUGCUGUAAGUAGUAUCUGGACACAUAACUUCCCACCUCUUGAUCAAGAGUGCCAGAAAGCGAAAAGGAUUGGCCGAUUUAUCCACAGAGGAAAACUUUGCGAGCGAGCUAUCUAGCUAAGGAGCUAGCAUGCACUGAGUGGCAAGUUGUCAGCACAAAACAAACAAUUUAGCCGACGCUAGCUGGCGAGCAACAGGCAAGUAAAAUAUCAGGACUACUCUCUGAGAGGAUGAGUAACGUUAAACAGCCCCCGAGUUUAGAGGCUAGUGCAAACGGAGGAGCCCCCACCACCAACAUGGCCGACAUGACUGUGGAGGAUAUGACCAUACGGGCCAACCAGCUCACCGAUGAGUCGCUGGAGAGCACCCGACGAAUGUUGCAGAUGGCGGAGGAGAGCCGAGACACGGGUGCCAAGACCAUGGUCAUGCUGGAGGAGCAAGGGGAGCAACUGCAGCGGGUAGAGCAGGGGAUGGAUAAGAUCAACGAGGACAUGCGGCAGGCUGAGAAGAACCUCACUGACCUCUCCAAGUGCUGUGGCCUCUGUGUCUGCCCCUGUGACCAGGUGAAGUCCAUUGAGCGUAACGAGAAAUACAAGCGCACCUGGGGCACGGGUGAAAACGUGGACGCUUCCAAAGAGGGGGGCGUGGUGUCCAGCCAACCGACCGGCGUACGCAACGGGCAGGCCGGCCCACAGGUGGUCGUCUCCCAGGGAGGAUACAUCACGAGGGUAACAAACGAUGCGCGGGAGGAUGAGAUGGAGGAGAACCUGGAUGUGGUGGGCGGCAUCAUCGGCAACCUGAAGAACAUGGCCAUGGACAUGGGCAACGAGAUCGACAAGCAGAACAAGACCAUCGAUCGCAUCACCGACAAGGCUGAUAUGAACAAGGCUCGUAUCGACGACGCCAACAGUAGAGCCAACAAGCUCCUGUAGAGGGCCAACCUCUCCCAGGGAACUAUAGUCCAUCCCCCCCAGCCCAGCCCAGCCCAGCCCAGCCCAACUCAGCCCAGCCCAGCCCAGCCCAGCCCAGCCCAGCCCAGCCCAGCCCAGCCCAGCCCAGCCCAGCCCAGCCCAGCCCAGCCCAGCCCAGCCCUCCGCCAGCCUACACCAACCCGCUGCCCUCCUCCAGCCCAGCCCAGCCCAGUCCAGGACUUGACUCUCCCAGGGAACUCUAAUCCACCCUCCCUAACCCCUCUCCCCUGCCCUGUCCUGACCGCUGCCUUGGGCCAGCCCAUCGGCCCCAUUGGACAUACACUAAUUUAUAUGCUUAUCCAGACCCAUAUCCCUCUCCAGGCUACUCCACACAGCCUAAAUCUGCCCAACCUAUGUCACACUGUCCGUAAUGACCUGUACACUAGAAGAAUUAGGCUUAGCAGUAACCCUUAAUUAUGCCCCGUAAAGGAACUCUACCUAGUCCUCAAAACCUAAGUUCCCCAAACCUGGUAUUUGCACCUAAGCCCCAGCAGCCAGUCUCGGGGAGAUCCUACCAUCGACCACAUGCCCCCCCAGAGAUCAUCCUGUUCCCCCGGCAGCAGAGUGUCUCAAAGGGGGCAACAGUGACAUGGGUCAUCCCUAGUAAGACCCAGCAUUCACCAACCCCCUGGACAGGCCCCAAACGGGCUCCAGACAUCAUGGGUCGUCCCUAGUAAGACUCAGGGCCCAGCUCACCACCUCUUCCCUCUCGUCCAACCCCUCCCUCUGUGAGGACCUUAGUCUCAGGUGGGCUUCUGUGAGCCCUGUCUCUAAAGGCCUUCUGCUGCUUGAUCCUCCUCUCCUCUCCUCCCCUCUCCUCCCCUCUCCUCGGCUCUCCUCUCCUCUCCUCUGCUCUCCUCUCCUCUGCUCUCCUCUGCUCUCCUCUGCUCUCCUCUCCUCUGCUCUCCUCUGCUCUCCUCUGCUCUCCUCUCCUCUCCUCCCCUCUCCUCUCCUACUACAUUCUGCCUUCUGAACAUCAUGCCUCUGAGAACAUUUUAGCACACUUGCUCGUGCCAUUCAGCUGUACUGAGAUCAGUGCACGGGUGCACAAGGACUGAUAAAUUGGAACAGGAACUGAGCUGUCCUCUUAAUUUCUUGUUGUUUUUCUUUCACUCUUUUUCUUUAUUUUCCUCCACCCUCAUCAGAUUACAUUAUUGUUAUAUUUUCUUUUUGUUUUGUUUUCUGUUGGGGGGGCUCAUCUUGAAUUCUUAUAUUUCUGGCCCCAUCCUGUUGUGGAACAAGCCCUAACAAAUUGCCUUUUAUGUGCCUUGCCUUGCUCUCAUCUUUAUCUCUCCUCAAAAAUGAAAAGAUUUUUUAAAAAGGAAAAAAAACAUGUAGGCUUUUUAGAACAGUAGCUUCACAUAAACUAAUAUAUACAUAGAUUUGCACAGUUACACUCUUAUUUCCAGUGCCACCUGUGCCUGUUUUUUUUCUAAAUAUGUCGUACAACACACACACACACACACAUGCACACAUACACACUGCCUCUUGUACAAUCAAGUUCCCCUUCCCAUCCGAUGAAACAGUAAUGCUGGAAUUGUACAGGACGCAAUAGACCACCUCUCUCCAUCUCUGCUGUUCUGUUCAGGGGGGUUGUCUCCCGGUCAUGUUUAGCUGGAGGUGAAUGCCUGCCUCCUGACCUGGGGUGUCCUCCAAGAAGCUGAAGGUAAACCAGGUUGAGUUAAUCGUCAGCUAGUGCUAAAUCAUCUAAUAGAAGAGCCCGGAGUCCUUAUUUUCUGAACUAAAUGAUGUCACCUGAUGAUCUAUUAGCAGGUUUACAACUUCCUGUAUGUUAACUUAGCCAGGUGAAUCACUUAACCAUGUUCUUGGAGCAUCCCUUAGACCCGCCUGUAAGUGUUUGUUGUCCCUGGUCCUUUUUGUCCCUCGUCUGUGUCUGUGCCUUGUGGGGUUUGUACCGGUUGUCAUCCUGUGUGACGGAUAUGUCUCGGCCAAAGACCUGGGAUGCGAAAGUUCUCCUGUUACUGUUUUGUUUCGUUUCGUUUCAUUUUUGUUCUGAGUGAUGUGAACACAUGUAGGUGCAUGUCCCUUAGUUGGUGAAUCAUGACUUGGCAUCUGUAGAUUGCAUCAUGAUUGCCCUGUAAUUACUUUAUUUUGUUUGAUUUUUUGUUGUUGUAUCUGAUUGUAUCAUUUGGAGAGUGUGCGUGCCUAUUUAAUAAUUCUCACGGAGCAGCGAUGACUUUUAAGUGAAUAUUUUGUUUUUAAACCUCCGCACACAUAUGCUAGUCAUUUAGAGGAGGAGAAACUCAUUCGGGAUUCUACAAAGCCUUACUGUAUGUGAGUAAUAAAGAGUGUACAGUUUAUCAAGAGUGCUAUAAAUUUGAACUAAACUUUAAUUCAGCCCUCAUCUUGAAAAAAUCAGACUGGUGAACUGAACGUGUAAUACAUGUAUGUACAUAUAUAUAACUCAUAAUAAAGUCGAGAUUUUUUGCCCUGA